AGAAUAGAUAACAUGUAAUUGCGACACGGAAACCGAAUCAGAAUCCAGAACAAACCCAAGCACUUGCCGCUGAGCAUUAGCAUUAGCAGAAGUUCAAAGUCAUCACAACUCGGCAGUACUAAAAGGGGUACAAAUUUGAUUUUACUUUCGUUGGAAUUUUCAUGAAACUCUCGACUUUCGACGGGUACGCACGUAGCGCGCAAAUGGUGGCGGAAUAUUAUUAUUGUUAGGAGACCAAACCAGACCAGAACAGACCCCCCCGCACACCACACACACCACAUACCACCGCUCGACCCAUAAAAAUCACAAGUGAGAGACCCGGAUCGUUGGUAUCGGGAGCGAGAUGAGCGAACCGCUGGCAUUGGCGAGCGGCGACGUGGUGGAUCCGCCGCCCACUUCCACUUCCGCCUCUAUUUCCAACCUGCCGCUGCCCACAGUCGCGCAGGGAUCGUGCACGGCAUCGGGAUCCAAGGGCAUGGACCUAGAGGAUCCCCGAAACAACAGAUUCUUCCUCUGGAAAUGGUUGUGUAACUGGACAUCCAGCUCACCAACAAUGCUCCGCGCCGUUGAGAAGAAGAUACUGUCCUACGUGAAGCUGCCCUACAGGGGCUUCUUCGUAGACAUUGGUCCGGCGGUGGGCGAGGCCGACAAGAUCUGGACCAUCAGCAUGAACACAGAGUCCAAGGAGGUGCCCCUGGUCUUGCUCCAUGGCUUGGGUGCGGGCAUUGCCCUGUGGGUGAUGAACCUGGAUGCCUUCGCCAAGGGUCGGCCGGUAUACGCCAUGGACAUCCUGGGAUUCGGACGCAGCUCGCGACCGCUGUUCGCCAAGGAUGCCCUGGUGUGCGAGAAGCAAUUUGUGAAAUCGGUGGAGGAGUGGCGACGCGAAAUGAACAUCAAUGACAUGAUCCUGCUGGGCCACUCGAUGGGCGGUUUCAUUGCCUCCAGCUACGCGCUAACAUACCCGGAGCGAGUGAAGCACCUGAUACUGGCCGAUCCCUGGGGCUUCCCCGAGAAGCCCUCGGACUCGACCAACGGCAAAACCAUACCGCUCUGGGUGCGGGCCAUAGCUAGGGUCCUGACCCCGCUCAAUCCGCUGUGGGCUCUGCGCGCCGCCGGACCCUUUGGCCAGUGGGUGGUGCAGAAGACGCGGCCGGACAUUAUGCGCAAGUUCCAGAGCACGAUCGAAGAGGACAUCAACCUGCUGCCGCAGUACAUACACCAGUGCAAUGCGCAGAACCCCAGCGGUGAGUCCGCCUUCCACACAAUGAUGCAGUCCUUCGGCUGGGCCAAGCAUCCCAUGAUCCACCGCAUCAAGGACGUGCGCAGCGACAUACCCAUCACAUUCAUCUACGGCUCGCGAUCGUGGAUCGACUCUUCGUCGGGGGAGAAGAUCAAGUCGCAGCGGGGCAGCAACAUGGUGGACAUCAAGAUCGUGACGGGCGCCGGCCAUCACGUUUACGCCGACAAGCCGGACGUCUUCAAUCGCUACGUAAACGAGACCUGUGAUAUGUACAAGGUGGCGGCUGGUGGCAAGCUGAUCACGUCCCUGCAGCUGAUCCGCGAGUCCACGGAGUCGGACGAGGAGCGCGAACCCAGCCUGAGCACAGCGAAGACGGUGGAGGUCCAGCCGGAGGUGCAGCCGGUGCCUGAGGCCGUGACCGCCGUUGACACAUCCACGCCGACCGCCGACGAACUGGCGGCCAAUGUCAAACCGAAGUGAGCAGAUGCAGCGGGGUUCGCGGAGAAACAAACAAAUCACAGCUCGCCUGCCAGCCUGUAUCUAUUAGCUUAGUAUCUUUGCCUAGUAUUAAAUGGUCAUCUUAUUUACUCA